AUGCACAAGAAACUUGUGAUUCUCGGCAUUAGUGGAACUUGCACAGUAUAUGAUGUAAUCACCGACAUUGUUUCUUCAAGCCAUGAAGAAGUCACUUUUGAAGGUUAUUCAACCCACUUUAGUACAGCUGAGGCUCCUCCUUGGUUUCUAACUCACGAGGGAUUUAGAUUAAGGCUUGUGGGUCAUUCCCUGGGAGGUUCAACUGCUUCUUUACUUGCAAUGAUGCUCCGUAAAAAGUCAUUUAAUGAGCUUGGAUUCAGCCCUGAUAUAAUUUUUGCAGUUGGAUAUGCCAACCCUCCUUCUGUAUGCAAAGAACUUGCUGAAAGUUGCUCUGAUUUUGUCACAAUUGUGGUAAUGCAGGCCAGUCUGUGA